GUUUACAAAUUUCUGACUACCCUAGAGACACCGUCAUUCAAAAGUAUUUCAGCAAAGAAAAGGUUUCUGAAGAAAGUUGUCAAGUUCUUUGUACAGAAUGGAAGAAUGUAUAAGAGAAUGCAGGCUAGACCACCCCUAUUGGUAAUCUUUGAUCUGGAAAAGUGUGCAACUAUUCUGAAUCAGGCACAUAAAGAACUUGGACAUAGAGGAGAAGCUGCAACAUGGGAGACAAUUCAGUUUAGGUUCUCCUGGCCCUACUUAUUUUCAGAUGUACAGCAUCAUGUACAAUCAUGUCACCCCUAUCAGAUAUGA